AUGCACGAUCCAAUCGAGUCGCAAAACCUUCACCAUGAAAUUUUGAAGCGACUUACCGCCCCACUUCUUCCCAACGAAUUCCUCAAACUGCUUUCCCUUGUUUUUUUCGUGAUAAAGAAAGACACAAAGAACUCAUUCGUCAACAAAAUUAUAGCAAAUGAUAUCAAGUUCAUCACAUGCAUUCCAGAGAAGUACAAAUCAUCAGAGGAGAAAGAGUUGUGCAUCGCACUUGCAAACCACCUUGACUGGUACACUACACUUUACGCUACAGAUACGCCAGCCAUUGACAAUAAUAUUUCUCCAGAACAAAUAUCCCAGUUCCACUCUGACAUAUCUUCAGAGAACACUAUCCUUUCCCUUUUCUCAAUGUUUUGCAACUUGACUGCACUCAACUGGGAGAACGAGCGAUUAUUCGUCAACAAACUCUUCUCAUAUAUCAUUACUUUUUUAAUACGCGAGCUCUCAACGACGUUCUAUCGUCUGUGUUGCUAUAUUGUCGUCUACCUUUCGUUUCUAUCAAAGGGGCUUUCGUCAAGAAACGCACAACAAAGAAAGAUAUUGACAAAGUUUGCCGAUUCACAACAGGCAUUUGCGGCGAUACUUGAUUCCGAUGCAGUCAGAGUUUACUUCCCAGACGCCCCUUCUUACACUCCAGUCAGUGCGUCAAAACUUUUGGAACUCCUUCAAGUCUCUUCCAAUUUGUCACAAGGCAUCUCGGUCUUGACAAGUGGUGAAAAUGUGGAAAGUAGUGAAAACGCAGUGGAGACAAAGCAUUUGGAAAAUGAAAUAUGUAAAGAAACAGACGUGUUCUCAAAACAGGUUGUCCAUAAAAUGACAGACUUCGAGUUCUUCACAAGAAUUAAGUCCGAGUCACAAACCCCGUCACGAACAACUUCAAGGAGUUCGUCACAAUCUAAACAACUUUGUAGAUACUCAGAGGACGGAAGAGCAGUAACAAGAUACUCCAAUUCCGACGGAAACAUCAUUUACGACCAACUCGGAACAAAUUCAAAUACAAUUAGUGAUGAGAAAGGAAGAAGAGUGUCGACAUCAUCAUGUCUCAGCAGAAACAUUUCAUUUCAAGAAGACAGUGUUUUUGAAAUUGGAGAGGAUCUUACUCACUAA